GUUUGCAUAAACAUGGCAACUAAAACCUUAAUAAUUCUAGUUUUGGUAGUCGCCUGUGUCUACGCUGUACACGAGUACAAAACUCAUGAUUAUUACGCUCAUCCAAAGUACGAGUUCAAAUAUGGUGUAGACGAUCCGCACACGCACGACUUGAAAGAGCGUGCUGAAAAGAGAGACGGGCACACUGUAGAGCAAGAGUAUGGUUGGCACGAGAAGGACAGAGAGGUAAAAUUGAAGAAACUGGACGAGCACGCUCAACAAGUGAAGAUCGAGAUUCAACAUCAUCAUCAUCAUUAGUUGAUUAGUAAAUUGUUGUUAUUGUAUAUAGAUUUUUUUUUGUUAUUUGUGUAUUUUCGUGAAAAAUGUUUAUUGAUGGAUGCUAGUUACUUAUAUGGGGGUGAUUGAUGUUUAAUUUUUACUUUUGUACCUGUUUAAAUAAAUAAUGCUUAAAUUAGAGUGUUUUUGGAUUUUUGUCACAAUAAGGCCCUGUUUAUUCAUCUUCAGAUAAAUUAUUUACGAGAUAAAUUAUUCCUAUUGGUUGCGGAUAACUGCCUGAGCAAUAGGAUUAUAGAAUGCGUUUUUGUCUGUCAGAUUGCAUUAAGUGACAGCUUAUCAGAAGGUGAAUAAAUCGGGCCUUAGCAUAAUACUUAAAGGGGGAAGAAUAAAUAGUUCUUCAACAUGUGUAAAGUAUGGAAUCUCCAGGGAAAUUUCUGAAAAAUAUGAAAAAUCCUCGGAAAAAUCAUUUCUCCAAUUAUUAUUGUAUCAUAUUUGCACG